AUGGAUGACCUACCCGCCCUCUCUCCCGCGCUAAACCAACUCCUCCUCGUGUCUCUUUAAAUGGUUCCCCCACGACUUGGGUGGCUGUUGCAGUCGCACCUCCUCCCACCUUCGAAGAAAGCUUUCUUCUUGCUCGUUUCUUGAUUCUUCUCCUUGUGGGGUUGUCGCUUUUGCCACUGCCUAUAUAUUGCCGUUGACUCGUUUUGGGGGGCGGCGGUGAGCGCGGACGAUGAGUGCCGGCGAAGGAGAGACGGUGUGGAGGAGGAAGCCGGGGAGAGAUGCCGUGGAUCAUCGUCAUCAGAAGCUUGACGCCACGUGCUGCUCUUCUUCUUCUGAUGAUGGCCGCGCGGCCACCAAGAACGGAGAGAAAGCCCGCGGGAGCAGGAAGAAGGCGAGGAGGCACGCGCUGGUGUCGUUCCGGGAGCUGCCGGAGUACAUGAAGGACAACGAGUUCAUCCUCGACCACUACCGCGCUGACUGGCCGCUCGCUGAGGCCGCCCGCAGCUUGUUCCGUUGGCACAACGAGACGCUCAGCGUUUGGACGCAUUUGAUUGGGUUUCUGGUGUUUCUGGGAUUGACGGUGGCCAAUUUUGUGAACGUGCCUCUGGUGGCGGAUCUUCUCGGCCUGUUCUCAAGGUCAAACUCUACUAGUGCAGGAACUAAUAUCUCUUACUCAAAGGAAUUGCUUUUGGGUACAAAUUCUUUGGUGAACUUGAAUCAGAUAACCGAAGAAGAAAUGAAGAUCGGUUCACUCCAACCAGCCGCGACACGCUGGCCGUUCUUCGUCUUCUUAGGUGGAUCCAUGUUCUGCCUCCUCUCGAGCAGCAUUUGCCACCUCUUCUCAUGCCACUCACACUGCUUGAACAUCCAGCUGCUGCGGAUGGACUACGUUGGCAUCACGGUCAUGAUCAUAACCUCAUUCUUCCCCCCGAUUUACUAUAUUUUCCAGUGUGAGCCCCAUUGGCAACUGAUCUACCUUGGCGGAAUAACGGCAAUGGGGAUGUUCACCGUCGUGACACUGCUUGCCCCAUCUCUUUCUUCUGGGAAAUUCCGGGCGUUUCGGGCGAUGCUCUUCUUGUCCAUGGGGUUCUUCGGUAUCAUACCGGCUAUCCACGCCUGUAUUGUGAAUUGGAGCAAUCCCCAGCGCCCGAUCACGCUUGCUUAUGAGUUGGCCAUGGCACUGUCUUACAUUACAGGCACAUUGUUUUAUGUUAGCAGGAUUCCUGAGAGGCUCAAACCGGGUUGGUUCGACCUUGCUGGUCACAGCCAUCAGAUAUUUCAUGUGUUCGUGAUCAUGGGUGCGUUGGCUCAUUAUGGCGCUACUCUGUUGCUCUUACAGUGGCGAGAUGGAGUCGGGUGUGAUAGAACUGUGUAACAAUACAAAAAUUAGUUGAAAUUCGAUUCAUUUCGGUUGAA